CUACUUUAUUUCUUGCAUUAUAAUUACAUCCGUUUGAUUCCCUUUGUUUCCAUACAAAAACAGAGAAGAAGAAAAAAAAUGACAUUAGCAUCAAAAUUACUUACUCUUCUUUCUCUUUUUCUUCUGAUCUCGCUUGUCCGAUCACAAGUUCCUCCGUUGGAGCAAUUCCGAUUCCUUAACAACGGCGACUUCGGGGAAUCCACGGUGGAGUACGGCGCAAGUUACAGAGAUUUAGGUGUAAUCCGUAACCAAUUUCGUCUAUGUUUCUUCAACACCACGCCAAACGAAUUCACACUCGGUAUCGGGAUGGGAACAGGAAGAUCUGAUUCCAUCAUUCGUUGGGUAUGGCAGGCUAACCCGCAAAAUCCAGUCCAAGAAGAGGCUUCUCUUUCGUUCGGACCGGAGGGAAACCUCGUCCUGGCCCAACCGAAUGGAAAAGUAGUCUGGCAGACUAAGACGGAAAAUAAAGGUGUUAUAGGCUUAACGAUGAAUGAAAAUGGCAAUCUUGUGUUGUUUAAUGAUAGAGGAUGGCCAGUAUGGAAGAGCUUUGAUUUCCCUAAGGAUACGCUCUUGGUCGGUCAGUCUCUUACUCUCGAUGGCCCGAACAAACUCGUAAGUCGCAACAACAGGUUUAAUCUUAUCUUAGAGCCCGACCGACUCGUUCUAAGUCAUUCAAUCUCUAAGCGCAACAACAAAUCCGUUUUGUAUUAUGCUAUAGAAGGUCGGUUUAUUCCAAGCGCCACGUUUUACGCCGCUAAAGACCAAGGGACCGCGACUCAAUUGGGCCUAGCCACACCGGGGCUUAGGCCUGAGUUUCCUUAUAAACAUUUUCUCGCGAGGCCUAGAUUCAACGCGUCACAAAGUUUCCUCAGGCUUGACGCUGAUGGAAAUCUUAGGAUCUACACUUUUGAUUUCAAGGUCAGUUUUCUUGCAUGGGAAGUAACGUUCGAGCUUUUCAACCACGACAACAACGAGUGUUGGUUACCGUCGAAGUGUGGAGAGUUUGGGAUUUGUGAGAAUAAUCAGUGUGUGGCUUGCCCGUUGGAGGUGGGCUUACAGGGCUGGACUAAGGAUUGUAAGCCUAAGAAGGUGAAGAGUUGUGAUCCGAAGACGUUUCAUUAUUAUAGACUAGGAGGUGUUCACCAUUUCAUGACUAAGUACAGCGCUGGUCUUGCGGUUGGAGAGAGUAAAUUUCGUGGUUCGUGUAGUCGAGACUGCAAAUGCGUGGGAUAUUUUUACGAUAAGAGUAGCUCCAAGUGUUGGAUUGGUUAUGAGCUUGGGACUUUAGUCAAAGUGUCUGAUUCUAGAAAAGUGGCUUAUAUCAAAACCCCUAACGUUUGAUCAGUAACGAGCGUUAAAUCUAUGUCAACUAUCAAGU